AUGGAGGUUUUGAAUCCGCAGCUGAGGGAAAAGGGAUUCGAAGUUAACGGUCUCAACCACUCGCUCAUGGAGACCCAACAAGGGUCAACGUAUGUUAGAUGGGGCAAAACUACAUGUGAUGGAAAUCGAACGGAAAAGGUGUAUUCAGGUUUUGCAGCUGGUUCACCGUAUGAAAUCGAAGGAGGUGCAGGGAAAUAUCUGUGUCUACCACAACACCCUACAUGGGCCAAAUACGUAGAUGGUAUACAGGACAUAGGUGUAUAUAUUUCUGGUACAGAGUAUCAGAUAUAUGUUAACACAUUUAGCCCUUUCCCACAAAACAUGAACGAUCAAGAUGCGCCAUGUGUACUGUGUCGCAGUCCCAGACCGACCACUGUUAUGAUUCCAGGUAAGACAGACUGCUACCCCGGCUGGACAAUGGAAUACACCGGCUAUCUCAUGACAGACCAUAAGGUUCACAUAUCUGCGAGUGACUACGCCUGUGUUGAUGUGAAUCCAGAAGCGGUGUACCAUGGUGAAGCCAAAUUGAACGGCAAAUUGUUUUACUUUACAGAAGUGAAAUGUGGAUCAUUGCCUUGUCAGGAAUACCCAGACGGACGCGAACUUGCUUGUGUUGUAUGCUCGAAAUGA